GGGUUAGUCCAAGGCUCUCAAACCAUGUUGCUUCUCCUCCUUGGGGGUGGGGGGGUGUGCACACUGUUGUGUCAUAUAUUUAGAAUGAAGUCACAUGGGUCUGAGGACAAGCAGAAGCAAGCAGACAGGGCUUUGAGGCCCCUGACUGCCUGCUGGGCACUGUCUUUACAGAGGUGCACUGCAGAGAUGGGGCAGGAGCUGAAUGAUGAGAACCCCUGCUCUACUUCCCUGAAGGACAGGAGGAAGCCCCGUGCCAUCAGCAGGAUGCUGCACUGGCUCAGGGAUAAAAAGGCCACACCCGUGAACGAGAAUGAGAACUGUGUGGAGUCGACCAUCGAUGCAGGCCUGCUGAAGCAGCGAGUGGAGCACCUGGUGCCCGCCUUCCUAGGGAGAGACCCCACCUACUUCUUCACAUUCUUGGGCAUGUACGAGCUUUUGCUACCACCCAACAGGUCCUGGAACUAUUGUUUAUGAGAUAUGGCUGCUUCCUUCCUGACACUGAGGAGGAUGGUGGACCCCGGGAGCAGGAGAAAAUGGCCAUUUCCUCCAUCCUGGGCACCUAGCUGGACCACUACCCCGAGGACUUUUUCCAGCCCCCAUAUUUCAUCAGCCAGAAGAUGCUGAAGGCAUAUGUAGGGACCCACAUGCCCGGCUCCGAGCUGCAGCACCACACCCGCCUUCUCUACUCAACGUGGAGAAACUGUGAGACCAAUGAAUCAGAGUCUCUGGCUAUGGUACCAGCUCCAGAGCAAGAUCCAGAUGUCCCUCAGGAGCUAGCCCCCACUAUCUCUGUGGUGCCCACUGGAACUUCGCAGCCCAGGCUGCCUGAAGCCACCACUCAUUCUGGAGCUCAGCAGUUAGAGGAAGCGGUGACCCUCCCUUCAGCGUCCCCACCAGUGGAAGUGGUAGUCCUAGCUCUGAUUCACUGUCAGGAGCUGGAAGAGCCACCUGCCCCUUUGGUGGACCCACAACCUGAGCAGCCUCCAGCCCCAGCUGGCGGAGUCAUGGACGGGCUGGAGCAACCACCUGCUGCAGCUGGGCAACCAGCCUCAGCUCCCGAGCAGCGCCUCAUGUUGGCUGCAGCCCCAAAAGAUGAAUUCCCUGACCCUGUCAUUGCGUUGUUGGUAAUUUUUGUUGUUUGUAUGGAGGUAUUUACUGUCCUUAUGUCCACGCGUUCGUUCGUGCAUUCGCACCUCCACCCUCCAGCCACAACCCAGUCAGACCUCAAGGGCACUCAGGGCGACCCCUGCUCUGUACCUGCGCUGCUCCCCACCAAAGGAGCCUAA